GCUCCAGGCCUGCGGAGGCUUCAACGGCUGAACCGCGGUCCCCUCAAGGACACGGCUUUCCUGCGGGGCGGGCCAGCGAACCAGAAGCCCCGCCCCUUACGCACAACGUGGUGACGCAACCGCAGCGACAGUCGACGGGGCGCGUCGGCACCGGAUAAAGGGAGCCCGGAGGCGGAGUUUUGGAGAGCGGAGCGGAAGUGCCUGUUGCCUCGCACCCGGCUUUGUGCCCCCGGGGCUGUUGCUCCACUGCCACUGCCCGCGCCCAGCUCGACCAUGAGCCGGCCCAGCCGGCUGCAGAGGCAAGUUCUGAGCCUGUACCGCGAGCUGCUGCGCGCCGGGCGCGGCAAGCCGGGGGCGGAGGCGCGGGUGCGAGCCGAGUUUCGGCAGCACGCCUGUCUGCCACGCUCCGACGUGUUACGCAUCGAAUACUUGUACCGCCGCGGGAGACGCCAGCUCCAGUUGCUACGCUCCAGCCACGCGGUAGCCAUGGGCGCCUUCGUGCGUCCGGGCGCCGGGCCCCCUAGGACCUCUCCUGACAAUGGUGACGAUUCGAGGAGCCCACUCGAUGGCAAGGGGUCACCGGAGACCCCGCCGGAUGGACGGUGACAGACUGCAGAGCUCAUGUGAUGGAGCAGGGGAAGCGGGGGCGCCUGGCUGCGUGGGUGGUGCGACCAGGGAACCCGCCUGAUGAAAGGUGAGAGGUCUUGAUAGACUAGCUCGAUGGAUUGGGGGAAUCGGAGAGCCCCCCUGGCGACGUAGGGUCCAAAGACCACUAUGAAGAUGGUGAGAGGUGCUUGUAAGAUCCGUGAUAACUUGUCGGACUCCCUCUUGAGAGCUUGGGGCGGCCUGGGUCGCCAGCUGGCUGGACUGUGUUAGGCUGAGAGCUACUUCUCCAAGGCAUGGGGAGCCAGGAUGACCCCGUUGGACCAAAAGAGACUGAAACAUCCUUCUCUUAACCCCUAGCUCCUGAACUCCCCUCUCAGUAUUUAACUCUUAUGACAGCAAACUUUUUGUGCUGAGGAAUUUGAGAAGAUGCCCUGAUAUACGGUGAGAAUCCCGGAAUCCCCCAUUAAUUGUAACAAACUAGGACUGGUGAGGAAGGAGCUAGGGGUCGCAUCCCAGCUAUGUAAAGACCCCUCAAGACCUCUACACCUACUGGUUCUGAGGGGGAGCCCUGACUCCUGCACCCUUCCACCCUCAGGACUGUCAAACAAAGGGAAUAAAAUUGGAAAUGUGCUUA